AUGGGAUUAACGUUCUGGUUUGUUUUCAGGCAUGACAAGUUCUGCCCUUUCUACAAGUCUGUAUGGAUGCUUCGCAACAUCAUCCUGUUCUAUCAGCUUGCAACCCAGGCUGUGGAGAGGGCAGCAGGUUCAGAGGGCCAGAAGAUCACUCUCAAUGUCAUCAAGCAGAGGCUUGGUGACCUUAUCUACAAGAUUGUGUCCCAGAAGUUCGAGGACCCCGCAGACGGGAAGGCGGUGUUGGAGGCCAAGUAUCAGAAGCUGAGCGAAGAGCUCACAGCUGCUUUCCGCAGCCUGGAGGAUGAUUACAGCGAGCUGUUGGAAGGGCUGCUGAGGGAGCUCAUCUGCGUGUACUGCACGGACCUCGUCGACCCCACCGACGCUCUUCAGUGUUGCCCCUCUGCUCGCGCCGAUCUGAGAAGGGCCAAGGAGCUGAUAGUGGGGGAUGAGCACCUGGUGUCGGACCUUCAGGGUGGACCUCACUGUUGCGCCACCUCUCGCGCUGAGUUGAUUCAGGCCAAGAAGCUGAUAGUGGGGUGCAAGCACCUGUGUUGCGCCACCUCUCGCGCCGAGUUGAUUCAGGCCAAGAAGCUGAUCGUGGGGUACGAGCACCUGGUGUCGGACCUACAGGGGGAAAUCCAGGCUUUGACUGAGGAGGUGGGGGCGCUAAAGGGGCAGGUGCAGCAGAAAGCGCGGAUUUUGCUUGCAGCAGGAGGGGCGGAUCUUGCUGGAGCCGUGAGAAGCCUGCAGGUGGGAUCUCAGGUGGGACCUCAGGUGAUUUCUCAGGUGAAAUCCGAUCCUACUUCCAACGCGCCUGAGCGUGUUGCCAAAGGAACAGCACCACCAGGUUCAGCAGCAGCAGCUCCUUCUAAGAAGCUUCCUGCACCACACUCACUCGCCUCUCGGUCAUUUGCAAAGUCUCAGAUGACUCUAGCGAGGCAGCCUUGGCAGGGAGGGUUUCUUGUGGGCAGCCUUCCCGGGCACACGGACCGCGUGACCAAAAUUAUCGUCUGCCCGAGAGGCGAGAUUAUUUUCUCGGGCAGCCUGGACGGCACGAUUCGUCUGUGGCGGCGGAAUCAGAUCUCGGCUCAUCUGCUGGAUACGAUUGUGUGCUCUGGUGGAGGAGGGGGAUGGGACAGUGCUGCCAACAGUGGUGAGUAUUGGUCGGGUGAAUAUAGUUCGGGUGAGCAAGGGAGCGGAGGGAGAAGAGAUGCUGCUGCUGCGGUCUUUGAUUUGGUUCUAGACCCCGUUUCAGGCACUCUGUUCUCGUGCAGUGAGGAUGGGAAAAUCAGAAUGUGGAGGGAUGGGAGGUGUGUGGGGUGCACUGGUUGCAGGAGAGGCGGAGAGAGGUGGGGAGAGAGGUGGAGAGGAGGAGGAGGGGGAGGAGGAGCGGGUGGAGAUGUGGAGGGGGGGUUUGAGUUUGGGUCGCUGCCGCUGCGCAUGGCAUGGCAUGACGGGGUGCUACUGGUAGCGUUUAGUGACGGCGAGGUGAGUGCUUGGGCUGUGGUGGAGGAUGCUGCAGCUUGGGCGCAGCAGCAGCAGCAGCAGCAGCAGCAAGGGCAGAGGGGUGUAUUGCGACGAGUGGGUGUGUUACGAGCCGGUACAAGCACCCCGUCUCACUUAACCAGCAACACCAGCGGUGGUGGCGGCGGCGGCAGCGGCGGCGGUGGGAGAGGCGGCAGCAGUGGUAGCAGGGAUUGGGAUAGAGACUGGGAUAGGGAGCACACGGGUGGUGGCCGGGGCGGUGGAGACAGCACCAACGCUUCCCCCUUCAAGCACGGGUUUGCCGAUGUGGUAACCGCACCCGACGGAACCAUCUACUUCACAGCCAAUCACGAGCCGCCGAGGGAGGGCGGUGGGAGCAGCAGAGGAGCAGCAGAGGAGGGGCAGGAGAACCCUCGUUUGUUUAGGGGUGGUGCUGUGGCAGCUUUACGACGUCUCAAAGCUAGCAGUGGGAGCAUUGGGGGCAAUGAAAGCAGAGGAGGAGCAGAGGAGGAGCAGGAGUAUCCUAUCUGUGUGUAUAGGGGUGGUGCUGUGGCGGCAUCUCUUAGAGGGCACAAGGCACAGGUGAUUUCCCUUGCUGUGGGUCCUCCCCUUCUCUUCUCCGGUGAAGAUAAUGGCAGCAGCAGUGGAGGUGGGAAUGGCAUGGGUGCUGGUGCUGCUGGUGGUACUGCUGGUGCGAGUCCUUACUUUGCAGCUGGACCCACCCUCUAUUCCCUCUCUCUUGACGGAGAGGUGAGGAUCUGGAGCGGCGGGAAGUGCGUGGAUGUGCGGCAGGAUUGGGCGGCGAGAAAUUGUCUUGUAGUGGGCCCCGAUUCGGCGGUUUACUGCCCUGGAGGUGGGAAGUACACUGGCAGUGGUGGGAAUGGUGGUGCUAGUGGUGGUGGUGGGUUUGAGGGUUGGGGAGGGGGUGACAGCACUGGCAGGGGGAUUACCUUUGCGUGGCGUGGGCGGCGUCUUUUGGCGGCAUUCGAGGAUGGAAUGGUGUCGGGAGGGGAGGAGGUGUGUGCGUUGGCGUUGGGGAGGGAUGGGACUUUGUAUUGUGGCGAGAGGAGGGGGACAAUCAGGGUGUGGCAUGCUAGUGAGGCUUAG